ACGUCCACCUCUCUGAAAGCUCCCUCACAGAAAGUUAUUACACAGAAUGGUUAUAAAUUCACAGUCUGAGACGUUGUUUACGAUGGUUCUGAGUAGAUUUCGGCCUACAAAUCCAUUCUUGGUGGAGGGAUACGUAAUAUGCAGGGCGCUGUGAGGCAAAAUUGCACCCCCCCCCAAAAAAAAACAUAUUAUUUCUCACUAUUGUACUAUCAACAACAUUCCAUAUGAAAACUACCAAAGCUCAGAAGACACGUGUAGGCUCGCUGGCGGUUUUGGACGUUGAAUAAAAUGGAUAUAUUGGUGUUGUAGUCAUGGAGACGCCUGGUUCCUAUCACCACCACUGUACAAUGAACUGUUUCACGUCUAACCACUCCGUGCAGAAAUUUUAGGAAAAUGGGUGGGGUUGCCCUUCCACUUCAGCUGUAUGAGGAAGCAGAAACUCCGAGAAGUGGGAGGGGAGAGAGGGCAGGAGAAAAAAAAGAGGAGUGGCAGAAGAAAGAGAGGAAGAGGUCAGACAGGAGGGUGGAGAGUGUGACGCUUGGUCAGAGAAAGGGAGGAGAGAGAGAGAGAGAGAGAGAGAAAGGAAGAACUUUUCCGACACUUUUUUUUCUCCCCCUCCUUUUCGGUUUAAGCAGAUAUCGCACGGAAGAGAGCGUAAAGCAAACGAAAGCUGAGGAGAGCAGUUUGGAUGGGAGGUGAAGGAGGUGAAAGAGGAAGAGAGAGAGAGAGGGGGGGAGAGAGAGAGAGAGCGAAGCACAAACAAACCGCUGAGCAGCGCAGCAGAUGACAGCAUUAAAAAUUGACACAGUGUGAAGCCUGGGGCCUGUUGACAGGAGAGAGCCACUUCCUCCAGCAUGACGUCAGAACUGGACUCCAGUUUGACCAGCAUCGACUGGCUCCCUCAGCUGGGCGUCAGCACGCUGCGCUCCGGCAAGGAGAGAGGAGAGAGGAAGAGAGAGCGGGCCAGAGAGAGAGAUACAGCCGCCCCUCCGUCCAUCCCUUCCUCCUCCCCUCCGCCCGGCUCCAAAGGGAAGCCUCCGCACAGCUACGCCACCCUCAUCGCCAUGGCGAUCAGCUCCGCCCCUGAGAGGAAGCUGAGUCUGAACGACAUUUACACCUGGAUCAGUGACACAUUCCCUUAUUACAACAGAGCAGGACGAGGCUGGAAGAAUUCAAUUCGACACAAUCUCUCCCUGAAUAAAUGCUUCCGGAAAAUUCCAAGACCGCAGAGCGACCCUGGAAAGGGUUCUUAUUGGACCAUGGAUGGAUCACCUGACCAACUUCAGGCCAGAGGAGUUAAGCGACCAUAUUCUACAGACGAGGAGAUGAUUCCUGAAAAAACUCCAUUUACUGAAGACAAAGUACAUGUCAGUCAAGCAGAGCCCCUCCUACUUCCUCCAGACAUCAAAACUACUCUGUCCCCGCCUCCCUGCAAGCGCCCCCCUGCCCCGUUACACACGGCUACCGCCGCCUCUUUCCCAGCGGCUGAACAGCCGCUGCGCUUCUCCUUCAGCGACCUGAACAUGCCGGACCUCUACACCUCCUUUCAGUCGCUCUGUCGCUCCAUGAGAGAGAGAGUCACCUCGCAGUCGGACGCUCCAAUUACUCUCGGAAUACCCCAUGACAUCACGCCGCUCCACACACCGACCCUGCCACCUCUGUCUCCUCACCCCUGCCCCAACACUAACCUAAAUCCACACCUACACUCCUCCCCCACUGCUAACAGCACCAACCCCGCCCCCAACACUAACCCAAACCCACCUUCCGCCCUCAUCGCCAACAGCAGCACCAUCCUCGCCCCCAACACUAACCCAAACCCACCUUCCGCCCUCAUCGCCAAUAGCAGCACUGUCCCGCCCCCAACACUAACCCAAACCCACCUUCCGCCCUCAUCGCAUAGCACUGUCCCCGCCCCCAACACUAACCCAAACCCACACUCCGCCCCCACUGCCAACAGCACCAUCCCCGCCCCCAACACUAACCCAAACCCUCACUCCGCCCCCAUUGCCAACAGCACCAUCCCCGCCCCCAACACUAACCCAAACCCUCACUCCGCCCCCAUUGCCAACAGCACCAUCCCCGCCCCCAACACUAACCCUACUUUCUCUUCCAACCAAAACCCACAGAUCAACUCUGAGCCUGACAGGCUGCUACAUAACAACGUCGUUCCUGCAGACUGGUUCAGCCAUGCUGACUCGUUGAGAGAGAGUUUCAGGAUUGCGAGCAGUCUGGACUGGGCCAACAUUGAUCUCACCAGCCAUCCAGACCUGAUAGAGAGCAUGCGUCAGGCGGAGCUCUGCGACUGGGCGCUGGACCCGGCCCUCUUCACUUCGCUCUGCGACUCCCUCAACCGCUUCUUCACUCAGAAAGGCCUGAUUGGCUCCUCCUCAUCUGGCAGCCACCCCUCUCUGAGCCAGCUAGCUCAGCCUCAUGCCAACAUGCUGACAGCCGCUGCUCCGACUCUGGCUAGUUUAGCCCACCCGUCUCCGCUGAGCUUCCCGCCUCAGCUCCAGUCCUGCAGUGGUGGAGACCCUCUUCAGAGCCCCAGGAAAAGCCUGACCCCCCAGAUUCAGAUUCCACAGAGGAACCUCGAGAACCAGCCAGCCACCGGCCACCCUCUGCCUCCCAACGCUCUUCAAACGCAACCUCUGACGCCCAGAAGUCGCCCCCCGAUGAAGCAGCUCCACAGCAACAGCGAAGAGUUCCAGGACGACUUUGACUGGGACUCACUGGUGUGAAUAUAAGACGUUUUGACUGGUGACUCAAACACAUUUCAUCACUUGAAUAUAAACAAGGAGGAAAACCUGAUACCAGAGCUGGUUUAUGAGGAGUCUGGCCUCUUCUUAUUUCCCCCGUUAUAUCAAAAACAGGACUGCUAAACAGCAGAGGGCGCCCGAGAGCGAGUCCUCAAUGAAUGGGAGUGAA